AUGGCUGUGGCUCGCACCCUCGAGCAAUUCCAGGCCCGGGGCUAUACGGUGCUCACCGUCCAGUCCUGCCGGCGUGGGCUGCCGCUGGUCCCAACCGACGCGACCAUGGAGGCGGCCACGGUGUCCAUCAGCGCCGGGAAGAGCGCGGGCUUGGAACACUGGACGCGCUUCAGCCCCGACAUGGCCCCACAUGGCGGGGAAGGCAGCCGCUUCUGCGUGUCGGACUACGUGCGAACCUUCGCCUCGCGCCUGGGUUUGGAGCUGGCGGCCUGCAAUUCCAUGGACGGCCAGCGACUGGUGCCCUACCAGUGCGUGGUGGACCGCAAGGAGUGGGAGGCCGUGAAGGACCGCUUCGUUGAGGCCUUCCUGUUGCAGAAGAAGGCCUACCGCAGGGCCAACGGCGGAUCCACCGCCCCGAGCUUCCACGCGGACGUGCAGCCGCGCGUCCUGGACGUCGCGGCGGUGGAACCGAAGAGCCUCAAGGCGCCGUCGCAUCGGGUGGUGGUGCGUCGGACCUUUUUGGAGGUGGAAGAGGAAGAGGAGAUGAUGGUCGCGCGCCAGGUGCGGCGGCCCAAGACCACAGGCAUCGUGGAGUUCGCAGUCCUGGCCUUUUGA